AUGUCGCGAGGUCACGUAAUGUGCGGAAGUCACGUGGUGGCGGCGGCGAUGUUGCUCUUGGUUGGGUUGCACUUUGGGUCACAUGGGGUUGCCGGUAACGCCCUUUUAAAGCCCGCACACAGGGGUAUGGUGUGGGCGCGCAGUGCCGUCAACUCGGGCGGCUAUGACUACAUGGGAGUGAACUGCGGAGGAAUCGGGAAAAUCCAGAAGUUUGACGGGAUGUGCGGCCUGUGUGGAGACGCCUUUGAUGGUGCCCGGACCCACGAGACAGGCGGCGAGUACGCAACAGGGGAGAUCACAAAGGUGGUACGGCGUGGCGAGCGCACAAUGCCUGUCAGUAUACUGUUGAACGGGAAGCAGGGUGGCUACUUCGAGUUCGCGCUGUGUAACAACGUGCCGGAAACCAGGGAGUGCUUCGAUACAAACCUCGUCAAAAUCACCGAAGGGAGAGCACAAGGUGAUGAGUUUGGCUACUGGCCGAACCAGCCUGGGGUUGUCUCCCUUACACUCGAGAUUCCAGACAACUUCCAGUGCGAGCGCUGCGUCCUGCAGUGGAAAUACGUCACAGGGAACACGUGGGGCCGGGACGAGAAGGGUCACGGCUGCCGGGGCUGCGGACCACAAGAGACUUUCGUCAACUGCGCAGACGUCAGAAUCGAGGGAUGGGGCACUGAUGCCCCGCCCACAACGCUACUUCCGCCCACAACUAAGGCCGUGCCCACCAAAGCAGCCCCUCUUCCCACUGCCCCGCCUACACAGAGUGACAUCCAGUUCUCGUUAUCCACUACUGCCGCUAAGCAGCCAUCCCGAGCCCCCCAGGCCGCCCCCACACAGACAACGAGACAGACGGCGGCAAGCAGUCCUGCUGCUCCCGACAGGGAUGAAGGGUCCAUAAGAGGGAACAGCUCACCGGCCGCGGCUCCCAGUAAACCUUCGCCGGCACCAGCGAAACACCCCACGAUCGUGCCGACAAUCGGAAAUUCCCCCGCUUCUGUCGUACAAGCUGUAGUGGCUCCUGUUGUACCAGCUGUAGUGGCUCCAGUUUUACCAGCUGUUGUGGCUCCUUUACCACAACCGACGCCGACGGUGGCGCUGAUAAUCGCCAAUCGGACGUUACCUCAGCUCAACCCUCAACCCACUGUCGCCUUGGCCAAGGUGCUGACUGACGUCUCGACGUACGUAAAGCGCGCUGUCGGCCCCGCCAUGAUCCCCAAGCCACCGGCGCUGUCCGACCAGCAGAUUGACGCGUUGUCAAGCGACCAGCAUGUGUUGCCCAACCCGGACCCACUGCAGACGUAUGUGCAAGUGGGAAGCAGCAAACUGGUGGUCGCUAAGGACUACAUGCCGCCACAGCAGCACACAGCGCAGAAUAUCCCGCCGCCGUUCCCAACGGAUUCGAGUAUGAGUUUCUCACCGGAGCAGGGCGGGUCUCGAGGGAUUCCAAGCCCGGGUUUCUCUUCGCAACAUAGCGGGUCCAUAGGGCGUUCGGGUCCGGGUUUCUCUUCGCAACAGAGCGUUGCCACAGGGCGUUGGGACCCGGGUUUCUCUUCGCAACAGAGCGGUGCCACAGGGCGUUUGGACCCGGGUUUCUCUUCGCAACAGAGCGGGUCAACAGGGCGUUUGGGUCCAAAUUUCUCUCCACAACAAAGUGGGUCCGUAGGGCGUUUGAGCCCAGAUUUCUCUCCAUUGCACAAUGGGUCUCCUGGAUUGGCACGCUCCAGUCUACCCGGUCCCGGCGCUUUCGACAAACAGGACUUUAUGAGUUUCGCCAACGCCUUCAGUGCAUUCGCGCAACAGAUGGGCCAGAACAGCAACUUGCCAAUUCCGGCGAAAACGCCCACAGCCGCCACUAUUAACGAGUACACACCAGUGACUGACGGCGCCAUUACUGGCUUCAAUGAGUUCGGAAACAACAUUGUGACCAACGAGCUACGGGCGUCUAGAAACAGAGAUCCAACAGUGGUCAACGAUCUGCUGAGAGGUAGAGAGCGGAUGGCACCAGCGCUGAACGAACCUUGGGGAGCUAGAGAUCUGGUGACCCCGGAACCUAACGACCCUUGGGGAUCUCGGGGCCUUGUAACGCAGGCGCCCAUGGUGACAAAAAAGGUGUAUGACCGAUACGGAGUGCUCAUGGAAAAGACUGUAAAUUCUAAUAAACAGAAUGGCGGCAGUACUAGGGAACGUAACGAGUUUGUAGACCCGUAUCUACAGCCGGCGCUGCAAGAGCAGUCAGCCAAUAGACUUUCCGCUUCACAAUUCGAUAGCAAGGCGAAUACUCAAGUCCGCACAAUGCAAAUCAAUGGUCAGGACAGACAGUCAAACGGUUUGUCACAAUUCGAUAGCAAGGCGAAUACCCAAGUCCGCACAAUGCAAAUCAUUGGACAGGACAGACAGUCAAACGGUAUGUUGCAACCUGAUAGUUCCCAGAACGGUGGUUACGACCAUUCAUGGAGAGAAGGACCUGUGAACGUUCAGGCGUCAAAGAACGCUGCAGUGGACAUACAGCCGGAAAAGCCAAAGUCCCCUGACUCGUGGCGACGUGCACCGGUGCACGAAAUUUACACGACGAAGGCGCCCAUCGACCGGCCGCUGCAGCUAUUCCGGAUAGACGCCCGCACGACGUAUCGGCCGCAAACCGUGGUCAAAGAGCGCUACACUAACUUCGAGAUAGGCGGGAAGGACGAAGGUAUCGCCUCUUUGAACAGUGAGCCGGCACUCAACACCCGGAACUAUGACGUGCCGCCAUCCAAGUCCACGUCAUCUCUGCAGGGUACACUCAGUCCGCCAGGCGGCAACAUGACUCCCGUAAAUAGACCGGACAGCCUCGUGCCACAUAGCGGACCAAGGGAAGGCUCAGUUCAUCAACUGCCGGGCACUACAAACACCUCGCACACGGCCGUCCAACAUGCUUCGUCUACAGGUGGCGAUGUUCCACCUACCGUCGCCCCGUUAGGACAAGAUUCCAGUGCAAUAGGAAAGAAAAUUGAAGAGCUAAAUAGUAAACUAGAUGCCCUUAAGAUGCUUUUAAAUUUUGGACAGGUUUCUGUUCCAACUGCUGCUCCUACCACCACAACUACCACAACGACUACUACAGCUGCGCCCUAUACUAGCAAACCGUUAUCCGACUGGGGACAGGCGUCUGGUCUUUCCUCUCUGUCCGAGAGCAACCUCGAUAAGCUAAAACGACUGCUGGGACUGACAGACGCGCCGAUCCCGACCACCACACCAGCACCUCCCGUACUUCAACCACGUGCCCCCCAUAACAACAGGUAUCAGGACAGCAUAGGCUGGAAUCAAGGACAUGGCGGUACGCAGCAACAACAUCAGACGGAUCAUGGGCACAUAGCAAUAAGUCAUCAAAACGUAUUUGUUGAUCCACCCCAGAAUCCAUUGCAGUGGUCUUCUCAAACCACCACGCCGUCGUUUCCGCCUUAUCAGCAACCUAAUCCGUUGCAGAUGCCCGAAGUUAGCUCUCAAAACCACUGGCCUGAAAGUGGCCAAGUGCCCCGAAUGGAUCCAUCUCAUAGUGCCGGAAACCAUCCAAACCAAUGGUCGGACAAUAGAAACAGCGCAACGUCUUUUGUCCCGGACGUGGUUAGAGCUGGUUAUUCUCCAAAUCAGUGGUCGGAUAAUGGUGCUACUUCCGCUGGUAGUGGGUCGGUAGAAUCACGUUCCCUUGGCAGAGGACCCCUUCACGCGAGUUCCCUUGUGUCUGGCCUAAACAGGAAUAUCGACGCCUCGACCAUCCCACCCACUAUUGACCCACACUCUAAAGAGAUCAUACAGGACAUCAAAGCCAAGAUGUUGGCGUCCAUUAGGCAGGCUAACACCCGAGGCAGGCAACCGCACGAACCGACUGCAGGGGAAGGGUUGAGUUGGCAAAACCAGCGCUGGCAGGAAAUGCAAGCACCGGCGCAUGAUGCACAGCCUAGCCACGUUAACUACAACGUACCGAGUCAUGUGCCAACAUCAAACGGCAGGCAAAGUCAUCCACCUGGCACUCACGACGCUAGCUCCAACAUAGACGUGCAAUCGCUUUCACCGAGCGUUGUGUUGGAAGCGCUGCGUCAGAUGGCGUAUUCAGUAGGAGGACCUCCGCCUGCCGCUGGCUAUCCGCCGCUUAGGGAGAUGCAUUUGAAAAACAAAGUUAAGAUGGAAAGAAUCAAACCACUUAUGCAUGGAGAAACGUCCGAAGAGGCGCACAUCAAUGUGGUGGUGACAACGCAAGCGCCAACUACUACAACUCAGCGUCAGCGGCGCUACACAAAGGCAGAACUGGAUUAUAUGAGAGAACGUGUAGCCAUGAUUCAGAGCAUGCGGCGGCUGGCAGAAGAACGACCAACGCAAAUUGAUCCAAGCCAUCCCCGUCCAAGUCACCUUUCUCCGGGUAAAAGCCGCCCGACACAGCUGGGAAAUAUUGAGAACGUUGGAAGAGAGCCACAGGAGCCUAAUAAUAACCGCCCUACACACAUCAGCCGUCAUCCAAACAACAACAGACCGUCCUUGGUGUCCUAUCUCGAAAGCAAACGGAACCAAGAGGCGUCCGCUGCAACACAACCAGUUUCGGAAGGCCUUAGCGAGGCCGCCGCAUCUCCCGCCGGUUAUGAGACCAACGAUGCGCAGAAUUUCACCGAGGCUGAGAAAAUAAUUCUCGAUGCACCAGGUCUUUCCAUAGUGCAGCGCAUGGGAAAACUGCUUGAGUUAAGGCGCAUGCAAAAGCAAAAUCUAAACGAGAGAAAACCGGAAAGAGAGGCGGAACGGGCACUGAUUUCGGAAAUCCCUAUGGGUGUGAACGAGGUGAAGCAGUCUUGGGAAGUAAUCAGCUCGCAAAGUCUGGACUGGACAUCAAAUUUAAACGAUAUUCAACCAUCAAGAGAAGCUUUCAGACAUACGAUUCAUGAUAGCGAACCAUCAAGAGAUGUUAUGAGGCCGCCGGUUCGUGAAAACGAACCACCAAGAGAUGUUAUGAGGCCGCCGGCUCGUGAUUACGAACCACCAAGAGAUGUUAUGUGGCCGCCGGUUCGUGAUAGCGAACCAUCAAUAAAUGGUAUGAGGCCGCCGGUUCGUGGUAACGAACCAUCAACAAAUGUCAUUAGGCCGCCGGUUCGGGAUAGGGACUCAUCAAUAGAUAUUAUGUGGCCGCCGGUUCGUGAAAGCGAACCAUCAAUAGAUGGUAUGACGCCGCCGGUUCGUGGUAACGAACCAUCAAGAGAUGUUAUGAGGCCGCCGGUUCGGGAUAGCGAACCAUCAAAAGAUAUUAUGAAGCCGCCGGUUCGUGGUAAAGAACCGUCAAGAGAUGUUAUGAGGUCGCCGGUUCGUGACAACGAACCAUCAAGAGAUGUUAUGAGGCCGCCGGUUCGUGAAAGCGACGUGCUUUCGUCGAGGGAGAUAACUGCGACAAACGUGCAUGAGCCGCCAGUACCAAUCUCGAUGAUGGGUAAAGAGCCCCAUGAGACGCCUCUAACACAAGACAAUAUCGGAAAAAUGAUAUCACGCAAUGGCGAGCCUAAAAACGUAAUCGCCAUUCCACUAGAUAGAGACAUGUUGUUUAAGAUUGUACAGUUCAUGAAACAGAAAAAUGCAGUCGCGAACCAAGGUUCUUCUCCCGCGACCGGAUUAUAAUGUAUAGCGCGUUCGUAUAUUCGGAAUCCAAACUAAGUAUGUCAUUGUCGUGUUCAUAUAUCUGGUCAAUAAAAGGUCGUCAUUUGUCUAGAGAAGGUUCAAUGGCCAAAGAAGACGCCAUUCGCCUCCAAACUUCUGGCUAAUUGCGGAAGAGUCCGAUUUCAAGGAGGGUCGAUAUGAUACAUGCUUCAAUUAUGAGUGUAUUGUGAUCUGAUAUUAAUAAAGAUGUUGUCAUUGUAUUAAACAAUGGUUAUACCGACGAAACAAAUAUCAUAUGAAGUAUGAUAUGAAGUUGAAAUCUAGCAAUUUAAAAGAAAUUAUCUAAACGCUUCUCGUCUAAAAUGUAUGUGUACGUACCGGUUAUCAUUUGACUUCUUUACAACAAAUCACUACAGACUCAGUAAAGCUGCUGAUUCCAAUCCAGCAAUAUUAUUAAUAAGUCUUUAGUUUUCAGUUCUUGGUUUCCAUAGCAUCCCUAUAUAAUUGUGUUUUUUUAUCAUGCCCCCAUAACAAAAACAAGCAGCGAAGUGUAAAAAAACAACACUUAUUCCAUCGCAAUGCCACUAUUCUUUUACAAUACCAUCCCAUUUUCAUUAAAUUCCAAAGUGUUUGUAUAAUUAUUGGAUUCAAACUACCCUACUACCCUACAAGUCCGUUAUUUCAGCCACAUACCGAAUAUUCCUUGGUUAGCACAAUGUUACACGGCGCCAAUUUUCAUAAUACUUAUUGGCCUCUAAACAAUUCCCAACAUUCCUAUGACAAAUCCAAAACCCUUUGGUUUCUAAUACAGCCACACCUUUUACUGGUUUCCAACACUAAAACAUUUGUAUCGGUUUUCAACGCAACCACGGUAUUAAUUGAUUUCCAAAACAACCACAAUAUCCGUUGGUGUUCCAAAACAACUAAGGUAUUUCUUGGUUUUCAAUACAACCAAAGUAUUCAUUGUUUUUUUUAAUGCAACCACAUUGUUUAUUUGCUUUAAAUGCAAGCAAAGUAUCGAUUGGUUUUCAACACAAAUACAGUUACCGUAUUUAAUUGUAUUCAAUGCAACCUCAUAUUUCCUUGGCUCCCAACACAAUAAGAGUAGUCAAUGGUUUCCAACUAGUGUUCACAAUUCACCGGUUUCUACAAUAACUAAAUAUGUCUUUGCCCCAGCACUUCAUUAUUUGCAUUCCUACACAACGAAUAUAUUAUUUUGUUUUCAUUUUAACCGCAUUAUCUUAUGGAUACAAAUGUUGUAUGACUUUUUGUGAAUAAAUUAUGUAUAGUAACUGUUAUUAUAGGACAAAUUAAGCAUUAUUUAAGAAUAUUUAGACUCUAGUUUAAUGAACGAUUUACUACUAAUUGUGUUCCCUGUAAAAAGAUCAGUAAAUGCCAAAAACAAUGUAUACUUAACAUAACGAUGUUAUGUGUAUGUAAUUACGAAUAAAGAGAUUUGAUAA